AUGCGAACCUACUCUGUAAAAGCUGGCCUUGUGGAGCAGCAGAAGAAUUCUCUGAGCAUCCCCGUAGCAUCCCUGCAGAGGAGACGUGAGCAGAGGCAAGAGCCAGGCUGCAGCCGUCUCGUUUCCCUUCCCUCUCCCUCCACCCCCCUGGGGCUAUUUUUUCCCCCUCCUCCUCCUCUGUUUUUCUCCCCACCCGGACUUGUCCGUAUUUGGAGGUCCCGGAAGGCGACUGUCCCGUCUCCUAGAGAGGGGGAGGAGGCCGGGAGUGGCCAGACACGGAUUUUUCCCUGCAGAGAAAUCGGGAGUGCGGGCCAUCGGACCAGGUUGGCAGACAUGGAGGGGUUGAUGGAACGCCUAGAACAAGCCGUGAUUCAUCUGGAAUCCUUAAUUUCAAAUUCCUGCCCACCUCGAGAGAAAUGUGUCGUCAAUGGAUUCAAUGGAGGUGUUGUACCCUACGUGGAAGCAUUUGAUCAGCUGAUGAAUGGCAUAGUGGCUGAGUUUUUGAGGAACAGUAAGAUUCUCGCUGGGGAUGUGCAAACACAUGCAGAAAUGGUCCACAGCGCUUUCGAAGCCCAGCGAGCUUUCCUUCUGUUCGCAUCCCAAUACCAACAGCCCCAAGAGAGUGAUGUGGCAACACUUCUCAAACCAAUCUCAGAAAAGAUCCAGGACAUCCAGACCUUCAGAGAGAGAAACCGCGGAAGUGAAAUGUUCAAUCACUUGUCAGCCGUCAGCGAAAGCAUCCCUGCCCUAGGAUGGAUAACCGUGUCCCCUAAACCAGGUCCUUAUGUCAAGGAGAUGAACGAUGCGGCUACCUUCUAUACUAACAGGGUCUUAAAGGACUACAAGCACAGUGAUCUGCGCCACGUCGACUGGGUGAAGUCGUAUUUGAACAUCUGGACUGAGCUUCAAGCGUACAUCAAGGAGCAUCACACCACAGGCUUGGUCUGGAGCAAAACUGGUCCAGUUGCAUCACUGGCAUCUGCUUUAUCGACUCUCACUGGUGGGCCAGGCCUUCCUCCUCCUCCUCCUCCACCUCCAGGACCACCUCCCCUGUUGGAGAGUGAGAGUGGAAGAGAUCAGUCCUCUCCAUCCCGCUCGGCGCUGUUUGCUCAGCUCAACCAGGGAGAAGCAAUCACUAGAGGCCUCCGGCAUGUCUCUGAUGAUCAGAAAACCCACAAGAAUCCUAACCUGCGGGCUCAAGGACAAACCCUAACCCCCACAAAGAGUCACACCCCAAGCCCCACAAAUCCCAGGCCCCCUCCUCAGCAAAACCAUCCCCCUGUGUUGGUGCUGGAAGGCAAGAAAUGGAGAGUGGAGUAUCAAGAAGACAAAAACGACCUUGUGAUCUCAGACACAGAGCUGAAGCAAGUGGCUUACAUUUUCCAGUGCAAUAAGUCGACCCUUCAACUGAAAGGAAAGAUUAAUUCCAUUACAAUCGACAACUGCAAGAAGUUUGGCCUCGUGUUUGAUAAUGUUGUUGGCAUUGUGGAAAUCAUCAAUUGCAAGGAUAUUCAAAUCCAGGUUAUGGGGAGAGUGCCAACCAUUUCAAUUAAUAAAACAGAAGGCUGUCACAUCUACCUCAGCGAAGAAUCUUUAGGUUGUGAGUUUGUGAGCGCCAAGUCAUCUGAAAUGAACAUACUCAUCCCUCAGGAUGGUGAUUAUAAAGAAUUUCCUGUUCCUGAACAGUUCAAGACAGCGUGGGAUGGAACCAAGUUGGUCACCGAACCUGCAGAAAUUGUGGGGUAGCCCCCUUUGCCCCCCACCUCAGCCCUGCCCCCAUGGAAAAAGAACAGCAUUUAAAGAACAAGCACCAGCUGGGUAGUAUUUGGACUUUAAGAAACCGCUCCACACCCCAAGGAGCAAGGGUUUUCUGGCCCGCUCCAUCGAGCGUUUUGAAAUCCAUUUCCUCUCAAUUUGCUUCCUUUUAUAGUUUUGAUUCUACAUCAUGCCAUGUGAGUAGAAGAUAGAUAUAUAUAUAUUUUUUAGAAUCCACUCCUCUCCCAUGGCUGGCUUUCACCCAGCAACGAAGAAGCCAGAAUAAUGCAUGAUUCAGUCAUGUUUGGUUGCAUUCCUUCGUUUCUGCUAGCUGAAAGAAAAAGAGAGAACUCGAUGUUUAUUUUACCUCUUUAGUUAGUUUAUAUAUGAGGCAGUGAAACUGUCGCCCUGGAAAGUGUGGCUAUUGAUUGUUUGAACAUUUCCUCUCUUGUAGCGAGAAUACCAGUUUCAGCCGCAUAUCUGCCGGUGGAAAAUAAAAGCCGUGCUAUUCUCAUCUUUACUAUGUAGGAAAAGCCUGCCUUUAUACUUCACUGUUUUGUCUUUAAACUGUUUGAUUAGGAAACUCAAAUUGGGUGGGCUUUUCUAGAAAAUAAUUUCAAUAGAAAAUAUUAUAGAACAUCACUUGAAGGUUUAGAUUAUGUUUAGGGGGAGUUUCAUUUAUUUACCAUAUCUAAACGCUCUAUGAAUUAAAGUAGGAUUGUCUUAUUUGGUACCCAUUAAUUAUUAGAUGCCUUGAAAAUGACAUUUUGGAAAGAUUUUCAUGCUGCUGAUUAGAUUUGCUUGAAGAAUUAUUCUGCAUUUCUUCAAAAUCACGCACAAAAGGCCAUACACUUUUCUUCCAAAUUUCCUCUCACAACUAAAGAAAUUAUUUCUUUAGGCCUGAACUAGACAAGGUGAUAUACAUUUCAACACUGAGACUCAAUACUGAAAAUCUGCAAACAUCUUGGCUCACAUGCAGUUUUGAGGCAAUGAAAUCACGAUGUUCUGCUUUCAGAAACUAAAGCAAAUAUACUUUCUGCCCCAAAGUACAAACUAAAGCUUUUUAAAUAUCAUCACAAUCUAAGCCAAACAACCACAAUCCGUGAUCAUCUAACAAAGUUUUACUAACUAAUGUGUUGUCUCUAUGUUGUGGCUUUAGUACGUACUAUUUUUCAACAGUAGAUCUGUUCUGAAAUAAAAAUGAAACUAUACUUGUGUAAAUGCAGGUACUGUACUUUUAUUCAUUUUUUUUUUCAAGGAAUCAGGUUGGGAAAAUGAGGAAAAGUCCCCAUUUUCCAGUCACUUGACU